AUGCCGCCUCGCCGCCAGGGAGGUUCGGGCUUCCGCGGCGUCCGCGUGCGUCCGUCCGGCACCUACUCCGCCUCGAUCCGGUUGGGCGGCGGCGUGCACCUCGGCCUUAGAACCUUCGACACCGCCCAGGACGGCGCCCGCGCGUACGACGCUGCGGCGUGGCGCUUCCGGCGGUCCCGCUGGGACAUGAACUUCACCGACGUGGCGACGCUAGAGCGGAUGCAUCAAACUCUGUUUUUUAAACAAAACAAAAAACUCUGCAAAGGCAUAGAUGGAAAUGAAGCUGUUGGUGAUCGAGGCGCGGACGAGAGACAACACUGGCCUGAAGCAUUUUCUUCUGAGGCGGGCGUCGAGGGCGACCAGUGGGAAUUUGCCUGCAAAUUGCUGUGCAAAUAG